AUGGUGGACUUUGAGAAAUGGACACCUUUGAUGACAGCAAUUCGACGGAACUACCCCAAAAUCGUGGCAAAGCUGCUCCGAGACUUGGUAGGGCAAGCUCCAAAGGAUGUUCAAUCAGCUAUCGAUACGCCAGGUUUGGAUGGAAUUACGCCCAUCAUGCUCAUUUGUGGUGGAACUCUGCUCGAUGACGGCGCCGGCAACUCGUUAACGGCUUCGGAUAUCAUUACAGAGCUGUUGAAGCUUGGCCCGGAUAUCAAUGGGAUCGACUUGGAAGAGAACACGGUACUGCAUCACGCGAUGAAUGCUGCAGUACCACGGGACGAGAACCUCAUCAAAGGCCUGAUUCAAUUGAUGAGACCGAAAAGAAUCCUACAAUCCAACAUUCGUGGCGAGACAGCGUUCGACUCUUGCUUCGACAAGGACAAAGACUGUCCAUUUUCUGAGAGCAAGGGUUUAGUACAAUUCCUCAUUGAACUUUUUGCUCGAGACCAAACACUUCAGCAGGCUGAGGAGCCACUGUGUUGGACUGUGUACCGCCUGGAGAGACACACCACUGCUUUGGCGCUUUUCAGCAAGUUGAAACAGGCCGGGAAGAUACAAGGAAACUUUGAUCCCCACGGAUGCUCAUUGGUUGAAUGGGCGAUUCACGCUCGUCUCCCCCGAGUGUUACUGACUUAUCUUAGAGCAGUAGGGUUGAACAAAAAGGGCGAUAAGGACAGCCAAGUCGGCGAGGACAGAGAACGGGGUUUGAAUUUGGUUCGCAGCAGAGACUCAAGCUUCACUGCCACGGCCGAAUGGCAGGCGGAACAGAAAUCAUCUGACCAAAGCAGAGAUGGAGAUCCAGACCUGAAAGAUCUGAAAGACUUGGAGGAUAUCUUGGACUAUCUUUAUCCGGAAAAGACCGAGAGAAGAGCAAGCCCAUGGGCCCUGUCGGAGCAGACUGGGCCCAUGCAGGCAACCUCCCAGCGCUUCCGCGCCGCUAUCAUUCAAAAUAACUUUUUCAAGUUCCGAAAUGUGUACGAGAUCUUGUACGACUCAGAUCAGAUGGAGAAUGUGCGACAGACCGUUGAGAGACUCCAAAAGUUCGAGUACAACCCCAAUCCGCACAAGCAAGCAUCACCUCACGUCUUUGGUGCCAAUUUCAGAGUUGGUCCGGAUUUUACGUGGAUACAUCUACCGGCAAGCAACGAUGCCGCGAAGAAGAUACUUAAGCAAAAGAAGGUUGCAUCGUUUUUGCGUAGCAGCUGGAUCGAGAUUCCAGACAGGACGUCAAUGUCACGCUUCAUGAGGCCCCGCUAUGUCGUCAAAGACAAAGGUUUUCCUACCAAUUUGGAGGUUCGCCAUAUUGCAAGAGACAUUGGAGAUCAAGACAUAGGCCGGGCUUGGUCCCAAGCGAACGAAGAGCACCAACAUGGCACUGGAUUGUUCUCGCCAGUGGAUGACAGAAACAUGGCGAGCUUAGACAGAGGCUCGGUUGGUGAGGCGUCAAAAGGAGAAGGGAAAGUCCCUAGAGUAUCGUUCAUCGCCCCUCCAUCCGAGAGUAUGAUGAUAGACCAACAAAGCGACGGGCAGAAAGAAGAAACCAUCGGUGCCUCGGCCAUCUACAUGCCCUAUCUGUACUUUUCAACAUAUCACGAAAGUGAAGGUGAUCGAAGCUCCCGACCGAAGACUGAUACGACGUCCCCAGACAAAAGGUUGGUUCUUGAGCAGAUCGACCUACGGCAGAGCCUAUUCGCGGCGUACAAGGAUUCAGUCAUCCACCAACCAGCAACUCUAGAUGAAUUUUAUUACCACUUUGCGUCGGAUAAUGACUCCCGCGAAGAUAGAGAUUUGCGGAAUAAGGAUCAGGUCAUAACGAAAUACUUGAAAGCAGGAGACAAACGAAAGCUCAAGUACUGGCCCGUCCUGCGUCAUCUUCAAAAACAAGUUAGGAACGGAAGCCGAAGAAUCGGACCUUCAUCGGCUACCGAAAUGAGCAAAGUUAUUGUGAAUUAUUGUGUCGGAGCAUACGAAAGGAAGAGAAAGCGUAAGGUAACGACCAAUGGUUCUGUCAGUAUCCAAGCAAAUUCCCAGCAAAACGGGUUGCCCAAGGAAGAGCGAUCUAUCCGGCAGAUAUUCUCCGAUUCUAUCAACGAGAUUCGAAGAAAAGAGUCAACCCUUUUCAAUCAGGCCUAUGGUCACCCUCACUUGUCCAGCAACAGAAAGGAUAGCAAGAAUAAGGAUCAAUCCACAGAAAAGACAGCGAGUGAUCUGAGCUCUACGCUCGGGAAGGUGACACGUCAGUUAUGCGACAUUAAGGACAUCAGGGAUGAGCUUAACAUCCUGAAAACAAACCGUUGCUACCUUUCAACGUAA